UAAACCGGAAAUGACAAAAGGACGAUGCUCAAGGGAGAACUGCAAAUAUCUUCACCCACCACCACACUUAAAAACACAGUUGGAGAUCAAUGGCCGCAAUAACCUGAUUCAGCAGAAGAACAUGGCCAUGCUGGCCCAACAAAUGCAACUAGCCAAUGCCAUGAUGCCUGGUGCCCCAUUACAACCAGUGCCAAUGUUUUCAGUUGCACCAAGCCUAGCCACCAACGCUUCAACAGCCUUUAACCCCUAUUUGGGGCCAGUUUCUCCUGGCUUGGUCCCAGCAGAGAUCUUGCCAACAGCACCAAUGCUGGUUGCAGGGAAUCCUGGUGUGCCAGUUCCUGCCGCUGCAGCAGCAGCAGCACAGAAGCUAAUGCGGACGGACAGAUUGGAGGUAUGUAGAGAGUAUCAGCGUGGCAACUGUAACAGAGGAGAAAAUGAUUGCCGGUUUGCUCACCCUGCUGACAGUGCAAUGAUUGAUACCAACGACAAUACUGUUACUGUCUGCAUGGAUUACAUCAAAGGGAGAUGUUCAAGGGAAAAGUGCAAAUAUUUUCACCCUCCAGCCCAUCUGCAAGCUAAGAUCAAAGCUGCCCAGUACCAGGUCAAUCAAGCAGCAGCUGCUCAGGCAGCAGCUACUGCAGCAGCCAUGACUCAGUCGGCUGUCAAAUCACUGAAGCGACCCCUCGAGGCAACCUUUGACCUGGGGAUUCCUCAAGCUGUACUCCCCCCAUUACCAAAGAGGCCUGCGCUUGAAAAAACCAAUGGUGCCACUGCAGUCUUUAAUGCUGGUAUUUUCCAAUACCAGCAAGCUCUUGCAAACAUGCAGUUGCAACAGCAUACAGCCUUCCUCCCACCAGGCUCAAUAUUGUGCAUGACACCCGCUACAAGUGUUGUUCCCAUGGUGCACGGCGCUACGCCCGCCACUGUGUCUGCAGCAACAACAUCUGCCACAAGCGUCCCCUUCGCUGCAACUGCCACAGCCAACCAGAUUCCCAUAAUAUCUGCCGAACAUCUGACUAGCCACAAGUAUGUUACACAGAUGUAGACACUUAAUCAUCAAACAAUCAUAUGACAGAGAAGAGGACAGCGUGGUUGAGUGAAGAAUCAGGACAGGUCAUUAGCCAUAAUGUAUAUACCGUAAAAUAACAGCACCCAAAUUUCCUCAGCAGUAAGACAUCCACAUAUUGCAUGUUAACAAGAUGAAAUGACAACUUGGAAAUUCACUGCACACUGUUGCCUAUAUACUUUGUACAUUGAAUAGAUAUUUGUGCUGGGGUGAUCAUAUUGUCUAACGCAGCCUUCCCUAACUUGGUGCCCUCCAGUUGCGUUGAUCUAUAAAUCUGGAUUGCAUCCUGGAAGUUGUAGACCCAAGAAAGCUAAAGGGCAUCACGUUGGAGAAUGUUAGUCUAAAGACUACAGCAUUGUCCAUCUUUUCUAGCACACAAGUAUGCAAUGCAUACCCAGCUGACGUAUGCAUUGGUAGACUCUUUUCCUACAUAAUCAUGUACGUCAUUUUGAAAAGACAGACUGUGAUGUAGCCAUAGAUCUAUAAUGUAUUGGUACGUCUGUAGACCAAGAUAUAAUUUUUAAAGUAAGUUUAUUAUCUCAAGGUUUACAAAUAACAAAAAGGUGCACCUUGUAUUUAAAAUUGCCAUUAUAGAAGAGACCGUGCAUGCACAGUAUAAUUUUUUCCUUUUUUGUUUUAAGAGUAAUAUUUUUAAAUGUAAUAGAUUGUAAGAAGUGGUAAAAGAGGUAUCUGACAGAGAUGAAUGUGCCAAGUAAAAAACCACAACUGUGUAUAUUUUUAAAGCACAUCAAUGGCUUUAAGUACCGUGUUGUUAAAGAUUUUCAUGAAGUGCCAUAGACUGUAAUCAAAGUAGAGUAUUAUUUCUUCAGUGUUACUUUAAGAGCCACAUUUUUGCUUGUUUUGCUAGUAGGUAAUCAGUCAAAGGGCACCCUUCCGUUUCAAACCAAAGCUGUCUCAGAAAUGGCCACCUCAGUUAAAAAUAGACAGCACAUUUUUUUUGUUUUUCUUAUUUUUUUAAAAGCAAAAACAAGAAUAGAUAUAUGGGUCAUUCCUACACAUACUGGAUAUAUAAAGCUAUAAAUUAUUAUAAACCAUUGUAGUUGUAAUAGUUUUGCAAAGUAUACUGUAUAACAAACAAUAUUUUAAAAAAGGGAAGAGCCAUUUCUGAGACAAUAUUAGAAAAAGUCUAAAUAAUUUUAUUUUGCUUCAAUUUUAUAACCUCUGUCAAAAGUCCAGGAGACUCUAAAUGUGUUGAAGGAGAUGGGUUUUGCUUUUCUGAUCCAAUGCAUCACUUCAAAGUCACACACUUAAAAAAAUAGUGACUCUAAAUCAUGGGAAAAGCACUGACAUCAGAUGCCUGAUUAAAAAGAAAACCAAAAUAAUCAACAAUCAAUGAAAAUGUUAAUUAGAGUAGGCGCUGGGUGGGUUAACUAUCGGGUGAGUUUUAUAUGUGAUUUCUUCUGUUGAGAUUUAACUGCUUUAUAGCCUUAGAAAGCCUUUACAAAAUGAAACAAAAAAAUAGAUGUGCAUUCAAGUUUUUAAGAUGGAUUCAUCCAAAGGAAAUCCUUUGUGUGGUUUGGAUGUUGCAGUUAGUAAAGGAUAUAUUUUGCUCUGUUAAGCAAAGCUCGAGGUGGGGGCCAGGUUUCUGGUAGCGUCGCGUAGAAUGGGAGAGGUGAGGGUUCAGUUCUAGAAUUCUCCAUACUUCCAAGUUUACUUGCAAGUUUUUAUGCUUGAGAGAUGCUUUCUAGUUAAAAAAAAAAGAAUGAUGUGUUGAUUUUACUGAUUGUACUGUACAUCUAUUAAAGCCUUAGAUUAUUACAUUACGGGUUAAAACCCAUACCAAUGUAAUUUCAAUCGUGUUAAGAAAGUAUAGGUGACUUCACAUGUUAUUGUAGUUUACUUACAUUUAGAGAAUAUGACUUAUUUUUCCUUGUUAAAAUGGUAGUUUUUAUUUCGUACAUUUAUUAGAUCAUCUUCAUUUUCUAUUACCAGAUGAAUGCCAUUUAAGUUUAUAGAAUUUUGUUUUAUUAGAUUUUACUGAUGAAUUUUUUUCAAAAUAUGAAAAAGAAUUAAAAAUAUUUUUUCUUCAUAGCAUAUGCAGUUUUGAAUUUACAUGUAGUGUCAUGAAUAUUCGUAUUCUUGUUAACUAAAUGAUUUAUAUUUUACUGAUUUAAUAUUACAAUGUAAGAAUAUCAGUCAUUGUUAGUUCUUGUCUAGUUUUCAUUAAAAGAACAAAGAUCUUUUAUAUGGAUAUCUUAUAUAAUCAUUGUUAAGUAAGAAGUUAAGUUGUUGCUAUUGAAAUGAUCCUGGCAGACAACUGAGUAAUAUUUUGAUGAUUUAUUUUGUUUGUAAUUAAUUAUAAAAGAAAAAAUCUAGUUCUUAGAUAUUAGAAUAAAAUUUAUUUUCUACUGUAUCCAUUUCAAAUGUUAAAAUAUUGUUUAAAUAUUUUUUGAAAUCCCUGAAUAUCAGGCCUUCUUAUAAAUAAGCUGCAUAAUCAGUAGAUCAAGGGACUUUUUUGUUGAUAAUCCAAAUACUCAAAAAGUUUACGUAUAACAAGAAUUAUAAUAAGUGUGAGUGCUUGUGCAUACUCUUGAGGGAUGAUUAUGCUGCAAUUUAGCAUGUGGGAAAGUAUAGAGAGAAGGUUGACCUUUUGCACUUCUGUAUAUAGUCAAAUAAAAAAAAUAAAGAGAGAAACCUGUAUAAUAGUAAGAUCUUAUUUUGAAUAAAAAUGUCUAUAAAUACAAGGAGUUUUGUUAAGGCUUAUAAAAAUGACAGGCUGAACAAAAUUGCUUGCAAAAAAGUGGCACAGAAUUAGCACUCCAUACCCCUUUGAAAAAGUGGCUUUGCUUUAUGUGAACAGCUUCUAGUUUGCCAGGAUUCUUUCAGCUGGAAAGAUUGGCCAUCCUUCUCAUGACUAACAAAAGCUGCACUGGUCUAAAUCUGCCUGAAGAUAAUUUCUGAUGAGACAAGAAAAAUAAAAAUUAUUUUUUUAAAAAUGAAAUUUCAGAAAAACAGGUACUUCCAACCAUUAAAGGUAAAUCAUGGAUCUAAUAUGUCUUACAUUACUCAAAACAACUACUGCAUGUUUCAAGUAUCAAGGAGAGAGAGAGAGAGAGAAAAAGAAAAUAUAAAUAGAUAUAAAAUAUAUAUUCUAUUCAAACCAGUUUCUGAAAAAUUUCAGUAGUUUUAUUAUUCACACACUAGCGCAAACACAC